AUGAGGGUCCCUCACGCCGACAGAACGGUGCAGUACGUGAUGGUUGCGCACCAGCUAUGCCGCGGCCUGGGCUUCUCUGUGGUCCUUGAUCCGCCCCCCUGCAGGCUGCUGGUGGGCGCUCCCCAGGCCCAGGCCCUCCCUGGGCAGCAGGCGAAUCGCACUGGAGGCCUCUUUGCGUGCCCCCUCAGCCUGGCCGAGACUGACUGCUACCGAGUGGACAUCGACCGGGGAGCUGAUGUACAGAAGGAGAGCAAGGAGAACCAGUGGCUGGGAGUCAGUGUCCGGAGCCAGGGGCCCGGGGGCAAGGUGGUUACGUGUGCUCAUCUAUACGAGACCCGGCAGCGAGUGGCCCAGGCCCUGGAGACGAGGGACGUCAUCGGCCGCUGCUUCGUGCUCAGCCAGGACCUGGCCGUCCGCGACGAGCUGGACGGCGGGGAGUGGAAGUUCUGCGAGGGGCGUCCGCAGGGCCACGAGCAGUUCGGCUUCUGCCAGCAGGGCGCCGCCGCCGCCUUCUCCCCGGACAGCCACUACCUGCUCUUCGGGGCCCCGGGAACCUACAACUGGAAGGGCACCGCCAGGGUGGAGCUCUGUGUGCAGGGCCCGGCGGACCUGGCGCAGCUGGACGACGGGCCCUACGAGGCGGGGGGCGAGAAGGAGCAGGACCCCCGCCUCAUCCCGGUCCCUGCCAACAGCUACUUUGGGCUGCUCUUUGUGACCAACAUUGAUAGCUCAGACCCUGACCAGCUGGUGUAUAAAAGUUUGGACCCUGCUGACCGGCUCCCGGGACCGGCCGGAGACUUGGCCCUGAAUAGCUACUUAGGUUUCUCCAUCGACUCGGGGAAGGGGCUGGUGCGUGCGGAGGAGCUGAGCUUUGUGGCGGGGGCCCCGCGUGCUGACCACAAGGGCGCUGUGGUCAUUCUGCGCAAGGACAGCGCCAGCCGCCUGGUGCCCGAGGCGGUGCUGCGGGGGGAGCGGCUGACCUCCGGCUUCGGCUACUCGCUGGCGGUGGCCGACCUCAACAGCGACGGCUGGACAGACUUGGUAGUGGGUGCACCCUACUUCUUUGAGCGCCAGGAGGAGCUGGGGGGUGCCGUGUAUGUGUACAUGAACCAAGGGGGUCGCUGGGCUGGGGUGUCCCCUCUCCGGCUCUGCGGCUCUCCCGACUCCAUGUUCGGGGUCAGCCUGGCUGUCCUGGGGGACCUCAAUCAAGAUGGCUUCCCAGACAUCGCCGUGGGGGCCCCCUUCGACGGGCACGGGAAGGUCUUCAUCUACCACGGGAGCAGCCUGGGGGUGCUGGCCACGCCUUCGCAGGUGCUGGAGGGCGAGGCCGUGGGCCUAAGGACCUUCGGCUACUCGCUGUCCGGGGGCCUGGACGUGGAUGGGAACCACUACCCGGACCUGCUGGUCGGCUCGCUGGCCGACACGGCCGUGCUCUUCAGCCUCCGUCCUCCCGCAGCCCUGGAUUACGUGAUCGACGGGGACACGGACCGCGGGCUCCGCGGCCAGGUCCCCCGAGUGACCUUCCUGAGCCGCGGCCUGGAGGACCCCAAGCACCAGGCCUCCGGCACCGUGUGGCUGAAGCGGCAGCAGGCCCGAGAGUGCGCCGAGGCCACGUUCCAGCUUCAGGAGAAUGUCAAAGACAAGCUUCGGGCCAUCGUGGUGACCCUAUCCUACAGUCUCCAGGCCCCGCGGCUCCGGCGACAGGCUCCCGGCCAGGGGCUCCCCCCUCUGGCCCCCAUCCUCAAUGCCCACCAGCCCAGCACUCAGCGGGCAGAGAUCCACUUCCUGAAGCAAGGCUGCGGCGAGGACAAGAUUUGCCAGAGCAACCUGCAGCUGGCUCAUGCCCGUUUCUGCGCGCGCAUCAGUGACGUGGAGUGCCAGCCUCUGCCCAUGGACGCAGACGGGGCCACGGCCCUGUUCGCAAUGAGCGGGCAGCCGUUCAUCGGGCUGGAGCUGAACGUCACCAACCUGCCCUCGGCCGCGGCCCGGCCCCAGGCCGAUGGGGACGACGCCCACGAGGCGCAGCUGCUGGUCCGCCUGCCUGCCUCUCUGCGUUACUCCGGAGUCCGGGCCCUGGCGGCUGCGGAGAAGCCGCUGUGUCUGUCCAACGAGAACGCCUCCCGCGUGGAGUGUGAGCUGGGGAACCCCAUGAAGAGGGGUGCCCAGGUCGCCUUCUACAUCAUCCUUAGCACCUCAGAAAUCACCAUCGAGACCACGGAGCUGGAGGUUGAGCUGCUGUUGGCCACGAUCAGCGAGCAGGAGCUGUGGCCGGUGUCUGUCCGCGCACGCGUCUUCAUCGAGCUGCCGCUCUCCGUCGCGGGGGUGGCGGUCCCUCAGCAGCUCUUCUUCUCGGGCGUGGUGGUGGGUGAGAGCGCCAUGAAGUCCGAGCAGGAUGUGGGCAGCAAGGUCAAGUACGAGGUCACGGUCUCCAACCAAGGCCAGUCACUCAACACCCUGGGCUCCGCCUUUCUCAACAUCAUGUGGCCCCAUGAGAUCGCCAACGGGAAGUGGCUGCUGUACCCCAUGCGGGUGGAGCUGGAGGGCGGCCAGGGGUCUGGCCAGAGGGGCCUGUGCUCCCCCAGGCCCAACAUCCUCCAGCUGAAAGUGGACAGCCGGGACCGGAGGCGGCGGGAGCUGGAGCGGCCGGAGCAGCGGGAACCCCGCGAGCAGCCAGAGCCCAGCACCUCGUGGCGGCCCGUGUCCCCCGCCGAGAAGAAGAAGAACAUCACCCUGGACUGCGCCCGGGGCACAGCGCGCUGUGUGGUGUUCAGCUGCCCGCUCUACAGCUUUGACCGCGCGGCUGUGUUGCACGUCUGGGGCCGCCUCUGGAACAGCACCUUCCUGGAGGAGUACUCAGCCGCCAAGUCCCUGGAAGUGAUCGUCCGCGCCAACAUCACGGUCAAGUCCUCGGUCAGGAACCUGCUGCUCAGAGACGCCUCCGCGGUGGUGCGCUGCGGCCGGGUGCGGGCGUGUGGCUUCUUUCACGGGAGCAGCCGGACCUCAUCUCCCCCCACCAACUACCACCGGGCCCGCCUGGCCACGCAGCCCUCUGCCGUGGAAGCUGGGGGUGCAGGCACCGUGGGCUCCGACCUCACAAACUCUAACCCGAUCCUGGGGGCCCCAGACACGGGGGGCCGGUGCUUGUUCGCCCGCCCCGUGCCCACCCCCUUCUGCGCGCCUCAGGCCGUGCCGGGGCCCCGGGGUGCUGACGCGCUAGGAGCCACCACAGCCCUUCAGGCCGGGGCCGCCUGCACUGGCCGAGCACCCCGGGCUCCCGGGGGCAGAGGGGCUGUGAAGGAGGCCCUGGACUAG